AUGAUUUCGGAGUCGUCGAAGAGCAUGCUGAAGCAGUGCGGCGAUGCCGUAAACGGUGUCACUGAGAGGAGGAAGCUGUUGGAAGGGGCACGCACGAAGCUCGACGAGAUGAGCAGGAAAAUUAUCAAGGGGGUGGUAGCCGCUAUCACAAAAGCGAGCGAGGACGCCGUCGAGAAGCAGUUCAAGCUUGUCGAGGAGCGGCUGGUUGCUUCGGUCGUGAAGGGUAUUGAGAAAGCCGUCAAGGAGGACUUGUUCUACUCCACCCUCCCGCCUGAGAGCAUGAAGGAGCUGAAGGACGUUGCUGUGACAAAGUCGACGAAGCGCGCUGCAGAGGCAACAGAUAGCAGUGACGUGGUGGAGCUGGGCAGCCUCCUUGGCCAAGCUCAUGUCGAGAAGGCGUCUACCGUCGUUGCUGCUCGACACGAAAAGUCGAAGAAGCCCAAGGUGAUCGUCUACACCCCACCUCCUCCGCCGGACGACCAAGGCAAGACGAGAGGCUGCAAAGCUCCCUUCAAAGAACUGGGCAUGAUGUCGCGGAAGGGGAAGCCGGUUUCCGAGCAGACCGUAGGCUCGAGGAAGCGGUUCCUGGGCACUUUUGAAACGGAGGCGAACCAAAAGUUUUGUACGGCCAUUUGCUGGCAUGUGUACUUCCCCGACAUAGACCUUAAGGAGUACGAGGGGUUCACGGCGCAGGAUGAGAAGGACUGGAAGGUCUAUCUCGAUACAGCCGCGCGUAUGCCCACCGGCGUUUGGAGCGUGGCGCAAGAACAAGGGGAAUGUCAUUUCGACGAGUGA